AUGUUAAGGAAAGUAGUAUUGAUUGUUACAAUCGCAUAUAUUAUAUGGAUUACAUCAUUUUUAGUAUUUGGUACGGAUGAUACAGAUACCAAACAAUCAUUAUCAUUAGAAGAGAUUGCUAUAACCAAAGAAUUUGAUAAUGAAUUUGAUAAUGACAGAUCAAAAUUAAUCGAACAUGAUGAAAAAGUUAAUUUAAAAUAUUGUGGUGAAAAGACUUGUAAUUUCAUGUUUCCAUAUUUUAUUCCUGAACAAGAAACAAGAGCAAACCUUCAUCUUAGAUCUUUAACUUUUCUCGCAGAAUCACUUAAUCGUAUAAUGGUAUUACCUAAUGUUGGAAAUUCAAGAAUAGAUUGUUGUACGAAAUUUCCUUUUGAAUUUUAUUAUGAUUUAGAAAAAAUGAAAGAAAUGUUUCCAAGAGUAAAAUUUAUGACACAACAAACUUUUAAAGAAUGGACAGAAGAACUUUUAAUUAAACCUGAUACUUUACAUACUUGGUUAAUAGAAGAUGGUAGAAAUGAUUCUUAUUCUAUAAGAGAUCAUGAUUAUAUUUCUAUUGAACAAGGUGUACAAUAUGGAAAAAAACUUAUUAAUAAUUUAUGUUUGGAUCAAUUCAAUUUAAAUAUAUCUGAUUAUAUUGAAUUUCAUUCUGGAAAAAUUAUGAUAAAAGAUUUUGAAUUUAAAAUGUUUAAUUUUUUAACGGAAAAUCUUAAAAAUAGAAAAUCUCCUGUAUUAUUAAUUCGAAAUCGUUGUAGAAAACAAAUGUUUCCAUUAAUUGAAGAACAAAUACCAUUUGCUCCUCAUAUUUUAAAUCAAGCAAAUGAAAUUAGAAAUAAAUUACAACCAUAUUAUUGUAUUCAUUGGAGAAUGGAACAAGGUAUACCUCAGAAAAUGCCAAAUUGUGCUAGUGAAUUAAUUAAGAUGAUUAAUAAUCUUAAAACAAAAGUAGGAAUAAAUAAUAUAUAUCUUGCAACAGAUUAUCCUAUUUCAGGAGGUAAAUCAGCUUCAAGUACAUUUUAUAGAGUAGAAAAAUAUCAUAAAUUAGCAAUUCAAAUGCUUAAUUCAACAUUUGAUAUUAAUACUUGGAUUUCUUUAAAUGCUCUCAAAGAAUUUAGAAAUAAUGAAUAUUAUGAUUCAGAAUUUAAUAAUUCAGGUAUACAUGGAAUUUUGGAUAAAUUAAUAUGCAUACAAUCUGAUUAUUUUAUAAGUGGUCCUAGAGAUUGUUGUAGAAUAUUAUCAACUUAUACUAAACUUAUUGGUGAAGCAAGAAAAAAUUUAAUAGACAGUGGUGAUACGAGAAUUCGGAAUACUAUCACAAGAUGGAAAAGGCCCAGUAAAUAA